UGAAGUCCGGACCGAAAACCCGCAGUGGGACGUUUCCUCUCCAACACUUUGGAAUAUAUCUCGUAAACUCUGGUAUUUUACGCCUUUACAGAAGGGACAUUGUCACAUUUGCGCACUGCUACUCACACAGAGGACUUCUUUUUGUUUGUUUUUUGGUUUGAAAUUGGGAGUAUAGGAGCCGUGUCGUGAAGAUGAAGAUGCUUCAAACGAACUGAGAGCUUUUCUCCGUCCUUCGGGACAUUUGAGGACAGUGUUUUUUUUGUUUUGUGGGACGCGACCGAAUGGAUUACAUGUAUAACCUGUAAACACUUGUUUUGAAAAGUAACGCACAUCCACUUAAAGCGCUGCGCCUUUAUACCAAUGAAAUAUCUCCCUUCAGGAUCAGUAAGUAACCGUAUCGAGCUCAGUGAGACCAGCGACCGUCCAAAGUCUCGUCCCGGUGCUGUGGUCUCUUUGUUGACCCCUCUGGACCCACUUCGGCAGGCAAAGCGGCUUCCCAUCCGAGUUAUCAAGAUGUUGACUGCGCACACUGGACACUUGCUACACCCGGAAUAUUUACAGCCUCUGACCCCCGCACCAGUGAGCAUUGAGCUGGAUGCCAAGAAGAGCCCACUGGCCCUGCUGGCACAGACCUGCUCUCAGAUUGGUAAACCAGACCCUCCGUCCUCCUCAAAGCUCGGCUCCUCCAGCAGCCAGGGGGACAAGGAGCCCAGCAGUCGGUCAUCCAGCUCCAGCCUGAAGCACGGGGAGCACCGCCCCUCUCUGGAGGACAAGUGUAGCUUCAAGCCCUACAACAAAGGCAAUGGAGACAGUCGCAGAGACGGAGUUACCAGCAGCAGCUCCAAGAGCAGCAGCAGCAGCAGCAGCAGCAGCAGCAGCGAUAAAGUCGGGUUCAGGGUACCCAGCAAUAAUGUCACCACUAAUGGAAAUUCCACCAACGGCCAGCAGUCCUAUCCGCCCCACGCUGCUUCACCCAGCUCCAGAGCCAGCAGCAGCACCCCACCAGGACACACCCAGCAGCCUCACAAACUGAGCCAGUCUCCUGGUGGACAGUCACACCCCCGGACUCCUAGUGGAGAAACUGCACAUGAGCAGAGCAGUCCCACCAGCACGAGCAGCAAUAAUCCCAAAAAAGACGCCGACAAGACCAACUCGGACAGUCCACACGAUGCAAACUCCAGCCACGUUCGAGCCAGCGCAAACUGCAGUAACAGCAGCUCUGACGGUGGUUCCAACCAUGAGGGAAGUAAAGCAGAGUCUGCCCACCCUAACCUCGGCCCUGGACGCAUUACACCCAUUUCUCCUUAUAAGACAAGCCAACAACUCUUCCCCCUGCCCUCCUCUAAUAUGGGCUACCAUGGAUCUGUAGUGGGGGCUUACGCAGGCUAUCCGUCUCAGUUUGUUCCCGGGAUGGAUCCGACUAAGUCGAGCCUCGGCAUGGGAGUUCCAGGAAAGCACCCGGGUGCCUCCCCUCCUGCCUUCAUGCAGAGUUUAUGCAGGGACCCCUACUGUCUAAGCUAUCCGAGUGUAUCCCAUCUCGGCGGGAGCAACUGCAACUCCUGCAUCCACGACCCAUCCGCCACCCUCAAAUCAAACUUCCCAUUGGUGUACCCCUCCCACCCGCUGCACUCCCUCCACCAAAGCUCAAUGUCGUCCAGCGUGUCCUCCUCCCUCUCACAUCCCCUCUACACAUACGGCUUCAUGCUCCCCAACGACCCCCUUCCUCACGCCUGUAACUGGGUCUCAGCCGUGGGGCCGUGCGACAAACGCUUCUCCACGUCUGACGAGCUCCUGGCUCACCUCCGCACACACACAGCCAUGCCUAUGGGGAUGGACAGUAAGCUGCUCUCUGUUUCCUCCUCUGGACCUGCCAACUGCCACCUUCAUCUCCCCCACCAGAGCAGUCCAGGCUCCAUGCCCAGCUCCCUCUCCCUCAGGGCGCCCCACAGCCUGGGCUUAGCUCGCUAUCACCCCUAUAAUAAGGUCCAUCUUCCCCCUGGACCCUCCUCCAUCUCCCUGCACUCUCUGCCCACCGCAGGCCCGUACUACCCUCAUUACGCUCUCUACAGUCAAAGACUCGGAUCUGCGUCUGCUCUGGGCUACCAGUGACACACCAUCCGGUCACAUGUUUAAAGGAGUAGUUAGACAUUGUGGGAAAUAUGAUUAUUUGCUUUCUGGUGGAAGGUUGGAUGGGUAAACUUAUACAACCUCAUACCUUUCUCUUGACUAUGAAACUACAGCCAGGUUAGCUUAGCUUAGCUCAAAGACUGGAAACGGAGGGAAUCCACUAGCCUGGCUUUGUACAAAGGUAGCAAAAUCUACCAGCGCCUCUAAAUCUCAGAGGUUUCCAGGAAAAUGGGAAGUUUUGGCUCCUAGCAAAGACAUAGUCCAGCACAUAAGAACUCAUAAAACAGCCACGUUUUGUACGUAUUAAAUAUCAUUUUGAUUAGCAAGCUUCAGAGGUGCUGCUGGACAGAGCCAGCUAGCUGUUUUCCCCCUUUGUCAAAUCUUUUUUGCUAAGCUAGGCUAACCAGUUGCUGCAUGUUGCUUCAUAUUACGAAGACAAAUAAAAAAGUGGUAUCACUCUUCUCAUCUAACUUUGCUGCCAGAAAGCCAAUAAACAUAUGUUCCUAAACGUUGAACUAUUACUUAAAGCUUUUACUUAAUUGCGGCAAGUUGCUGCUUCCCCUGAUUUAAGACUGGAUUCAAGUGGAACUCGGAUAUGGGAGUACAAGUCCUGGAUUUUGACUUGAGUGCAUCUUCACACUUUCUUUAUACAUUAUAUAUGAGAUUUGGUGUUUCUAAUCGGGCUCCUCUCUUUAAGAUCAGAGGACACAUGUGGCUCUUGCAUGUCUGCACAUUGCUUGGAUACUUUUGCAACAGAAAUGACUGCCCUUGGAUGACUUUUGCCGCCCCGUGGGCUCGGCAAAUUGAUGGUUGGAUGCUGUGUAAUAGCUCUUGGAUGUUCAGGGUUCUCGCUGCAAAUGAUAAUGAUUUAGUGCGGAAAAAUGUAGUGUGGCAGGGACGGCAAUAAGCUGCAGCCGUGGGCUGAUGCAAGUCUGGCCACAGUCGCUUUCUCCCUGCAAGAGAUGCAUGUAAGCUUGACACAGCAUACACGGUUUAUUCAGCCCCAUGGUUUGUGAUGAUUUGUUUUGGUUCCUUAUGUUUUGUUUAUUCCUACUGAGAAGUUUUAUUUAUUUUUACUGGGAAUCUGGCUUUCAUGUUUACCAUAUAAAUCUAUUCUCAUUUUACAAUCCUCUUAGCAGACAUGUUGGAAGCCCAGAUGACAGAUGUCAAAUAUGUCUUAAAAUCUUCUUUGAGAAUGAAUGUUGAAAUCUCUCUCUCUCUCUCUCUCUCUCUCUCUCUCUCUCCUCUCUCUCUCUCUCUCUCUCUCUCUCUCUGUCUCUCUCUGUCUCUCUCUCUCUCUCUCUGUCUCUC